CUGUAAGAUUGGGAGAUGGGAGGGUUAAACACGAGCUGUCUGAUCCUCAGUGAGGUUGGGGUGCUCUCUGUAAGUCCGGGUGAUGGGAGGGUUAAACACGAGCUGCUGGGCUGUCUGAUCCUCAGUGAGGAUGGGGUGCUGUCUGUAAGUCCGGGUGAUGGGAGGGUUAAACACGAGCUGCUGGGCUGUCUGAUCCUCAGUGAGGUUGGGGUGCUGUCUGUAAGUCCGGGUGAUGGGAGGGUUAAACACGAGCUGCUGGGCUGUCUGAUCCUCAGCGAGGAUGGUGUGCUGUCUUCAGCAGGGGAGCUGGAGAACGACGAGCGCACUGCCUGGGUGAUGAUGCGAAUGAUGCAGACCGCUGUCAAGCUGUGUGUGAGUGGCAAUACCAACCCCUCCUUCAAGAGAAUGUCAGUGGUGUUUGGUGAGCACACCUACAUGGCGACCAUCUCUGGGCAGAAGGUGUUUGUGGUGAAAAGGCAGAACAACCCUCACGAGGCCCUGGAGGUGUGAGCUGGUCUCUCGCUGUCUCACCCUCGGAAACAGAAGCCUCCAGCUCCUCGUCACCACCUCCAACUCUCCCCCUCCACGGAUCCGGGUAGCAAAACCCCUGGCUCCUACUUCGUUCGACAAGCACCUCCCUUCUUCACCUACAGAACAAAAUCUUCCGACUGUCAAGCCUGCCAUGUAUUUUUUCCUGUCUGGAUUUUCAGUUGAUGAAUGAAGCAGGUUUUGGGCACGG